AUGGGAGAAUUGAUUGAAGCUGCAGAACGUGUCCGAGUCGUCGUUCGAGUUCGGCCUCCGAAUGAUCGCGAGCUGCAACAGAUUCCGUGUCACCGCACGCUCACAGUAGAUGAUGAAGGAGGACAAGUCUUUGUGUGCAAAAAGAAAUCAGAGAAGGAUGUCGAGCGUGAACUUCGGUACUCUUACGAUCGAGUAUUUAACGAGAUGGCAAAUCAAACCGACGUCUUCAAUUAUCUCCGCGACGGGGUGCAACAAGUAGCACAAGGCUUCAAUUGUACAAUUUUUGCUUAUGGCCAGACAGGAACGGGGAAAACGCAUACGAUGCUAGGGCAAGAUUUGGAGCACCACCUAGUUACCUCAGUCCUAAGCCCGGAAGCAUCCGAACCACCUGCAAGUUGGGGGGUGAUUCCUCGAGCGAUUGAGAGUUUGUUUGAAGAGCUUCAGUCGAUUGGUCGGCACGGUUCGGCUGGUGUCGUACAUUGUUCGUAUAUGCAGAUCUACAACAACGACGUUUACGAUCUACUUCAGGAUAAUAAAAAACGCAUGGAGGACCCACUUGCUGUGCGGGAAAUGAUCAAGGGCAAUGCUAAGCAGGUCUACGUCAGUGGACUCUCCGAGUUUCGCGUCACGAAUCUUCAAGAAACGUUGCAGUUAUUGAAAACAGGCAAUCGAAAUCGGACAAUUCGCGCCACAACGUACAAUGAGAAAAGUAGUCGCAGUCACGCAUUAUUGCAACUCUCAAUUGAAGUCGAGUCUCGAGGAUUAGAGAGCGCAACGACAAUUAUUCGACGAGCAAAACUCAAUCUCGUCGACUUGGCAGGGUCCGAGAAAUGGGACUCAGCUGUAGUUACAGGAAGUGACCGCAGCAAGGAGCUAACAAGUAUCAACCAGAGUCUAUCGGCUUUGGGGAACGUUAUUUCGGCACUUGUUAAUCCGAGGCGAACGCAUAUCCCCUAUCGGGAUUCCAAACUAACUCGCUUACUUCAGGAUAGUCUCGGGGGCAACACUCGAACGAUAGUGAUUGCAACCAUCUCUCCGUCCGAAGCCGCAGUUGACGAGACGAUUUCUACGCUUCAAUUUGCCGACCGGGCCAAGUGCGUGACAAUUCGAGUCAAAGUGAACGAGUUGGUAGACGAUGCAAUUCUGUUAGCACAGGCACAACGGGAGAUUUCCCGACUGAAAUUAUUGCUGAAACAAAGCAGCUCUCAUCAACAACUAUCCACACUUGAAGAUCAAGUAGCACGAUUGACAAAAGAAAAGGCAGCUCUUGUUGCUGAGAAUCAAAAGCUUCGCCACAGCCUACGGGAUAAUGCAGCGGUCGUAGUAUCUCAUUCAACCCCUCCUUCUAACCGAAAUGGCGACCAAGGCAUCGGAGAUCAACCAUCAUCAACUCUGCAAUUAAAUCAAUUGCGGCUUGAUUUGAAGGCUCUUGGUGGCACAAAACCAGCGGCGAUUACAGCAUUUACGGAGGAAAUUACAGAUAAUGAACGAUUCGAACAAGCUGCAAAGGCUCAGGAGCUAAUUUUGCGUGAAAUUCAAACAGAACGACGUGAGCUGGAGCGACAGCUGGAGCUUCUAUCAGGACCGGGGGACAACCAACGAGAUCCUUGCCCGAUCUGUGGGAACGACAUAGAUAAUCACAAUGAUGCAGAACUUGAUCGCUGCAUUGAGUUGGAGAUGAAGCCGGUCAAUCAGCAGCGAGUCGCGGCAGCCAAACCCGAUUUACCGACUAGCGAGGAGAACAACAUACAGCAACAACGUCCUAACACCCAGAGUGAGAAAGCGACCUUGGUUCAAGCUAGUGGACCUCGUAUCAGAGCAGCCCCUCGUUCUGCUACGUCCGGCCCGAGACUUCGACGAGUCUCCACCUCUGCACACGGCAAAUCAAGUCCAUAUAUUUCGGAUGAAGCUCGAAAACCAUCGACUCCGCAACAAGCAAAAGUUACAAAAUCUGCUCACAAGGCAAACGGCUUGUCGAAAGAAGCCUUCACUGACGCACACAAGAGCUAUCGCUCUAACACGGAGGUCAAUAAUCAGAUCGAUAGUCACUCUUCACCACCUCCACAGAUGCCGAUCCCCAUUCUACGCCAGGGACACAAGGGACUGAGAGCUUUGAAGAAGUUUCGGGCGACAUCUCCAUACAACAACGCUAUACCUCGCAAAGAAAAGCGAGCAACACUGCGAAUGGCGAAGCACAGAUCAGAGGCGACUACUGACAUCAGAAACGGUGAAAGUAGUAAUUUCAUCGCCAACUCAGUGCGCGACAUUGGGCUGGAGUUGAGUGUGUACAAAUGCCGAUACGAUUGCUGGUACAGUUGCACUAUCGUGGGCUUUGACCGGAAGCGGCGAAUGCACUGCUGCCAGUAUGACUGCGGAGAUAAGCAAUGGCAGGAUCUCUCGGGACACAAGGUCCACGUUAUUGGCAGAUCGGACAAUUCCAACUAG